UGGCGAAAGCGCCCCGCUACGUGCCCCCAAAUCGGGCGCCUGCCUCUUUUACGUCUUUUAUCUUCGCGUGCCGCGGCGACACACACCAGGCCACCUUUCUUCUCCACAGGACACGCACUGCUCUGUACUCUGCCUCAUCUCCUUCCUUCCACCACCUGUUCCGUCCUCAGUUCGCCGGCACAGGCAGCCUACACAUCCAUCCAUCCAUCCGUCCGUCACAUUGCCCCAAACCGAUCUCCCUGCAACUUUGGAGCCGCGCGCCGGCGUCUGGGGGGCGGUGUUUUCAGGUCAGGUCAGGCAUGCGCGCCUCCGGUCUGUGCUGGCCGGCCCUCCUCCUCCUCCUCGCGCUGACCGCGGUGGCGGCGGCGAGGGACCACGACUUCCGGCGGGACUUCGACGUGACAUGGGGGGAGGGCAAUGCGCGGUUCCGCGACGGCGGGAGGCAGGUGGAGCUGUCGCUGGACCGGCGGUCGGGCGCGCGGCUGCAGUCCAAGGAGCGCUACCUCUUCGGCCGGUUUGACAUCGAGAUCAAGCUCGUCCCCGGCGAGUCCGCCGGGACCAUCACCUCCUUCUACAUCUGCACGGGCGGCGCGCGCCACGACGAGGUGGACUUCGAGUUCCUGGGCAACGCGAGCGGGGAGCCGUACCUCCUGCACACCAACAUCUUCACCGACGGCAAGGGCGAGCGGGAGCAGCAGUUCGUGCUCUGGUUCGACCCCACGGCGGGCUUCCACACCUACUCCAUCCUCUGGAACCCGCACAACAUCAUCCUCUACAUCGACGGCACCCCGAUCCGGGUGUUCCGGAACAACGCCGCCCGCGGGGUGCCCUUCCCGACGCGGCAGCCCGUGCAUGUCUUCGCCAGCAUCUGGGACGCCGAGGACUGGGCCACCCAGGGGGGGCGGCUCAAGACGGACUGGGCCAGCGCGCCCUUCGUCGCCACGUACCGGCGCUACAACGUCACCAACGCAUGCGUCUGGGACGAGGAAGGCGGGCGCGCGCGGUGCCCGACGGCGGCGGUGGAGGGCGGCGGGCGGCGGCGGCGGAGGCAGGCGGCGUGGAUGGCGCAGAGGAUGGACUGGUGGAGCUGGAUGACGCUCAGCUGGGUGCGCAUGAACUACAUGGUCUACGACUACUGCGACGACCGCAGGCGGUUCCCGCACGGAUCGCCGCCCGAGUGCGUCAUCCCCAUCGGAAGGUCGUGAGCUCCAGUAAUCAGGCAGUUGUGUGUAGGCAGGGAGAACGAAAUCUUCUGCUUCUGCUGGCUAGAGUAAGCGUUCUCUGUCUCGCCACGUACGUGCCGGCAGUGUAAUAAUCGUGUUUCUUCUUUUGUCUCUAGAAGAUGCUGUUGUGUUGUGAGGAACAAGGUGCAAGCUGGACAUGGUGUUCAUUUAGAAUUUUAGAUUCGUCGCGAUAACUUUUGAAACGGAGGAAAUUCGGUGCACAAACUGUAAAUAACUCCUGUUUUUUUUUGUUCGAGGAACAAACUGUGUUGGGCCAUGACAAAAUGGGCCGAAGCCUGUUAGCAGAUU